AUGGCAGACGAAGAAAAGAUGCUGCGACUAAGAAGUGUCUUGACGGGGAAACCGAAAACCUUGAUAAAUGACUUACAAGCCUACACUUCAGCACAGUACAAAGAGGCACUAAAGAGAUUGGAACGGGAAUAUGGAGGAGAUAAAAGAGAAGGAUCCCGUCUCUUAGAAAAACUGUUCAAGUUCCCAGUUAUCAAGGACGAUGAAAAAGAAAAAGUCAAGAAGUUAAAGGAGUUACUGAAUAGCAUCAACACAGCAAUAUCUUUCAUGGAAACAGCUGGGAGGCAGGGAGAACUAGGCGAUGGGAUGAUGUUUACAAUCGUGAAAAGUAAAAUACCAGAAACAGAACUUUUCCUGUUCGCACAAUGGCAACAUCAAGGCAAAAAAGAAGACAGUCUCUUUAAUAUCCAGACAUGGCUUGAGGAAUUGGUUGAUAUGAAAACGAGAGUCAAGGAAGCAGUUGUUGGAGUGGAACAACAGAAGAAAACUUGGGAAAGGACAGACAACGAAGUGAAACCUUGGAAGAAGAACAGAACAUUUGCUGUUGUAGAAAGUCGAUGUCCAGUUUGCAGCGAGAGUCAUGACGUCGAAUCCUGUCCGAAGUUUAAAGUGCUAUCGCUGAGUAACCGUUGGAGGACAGUAAAGCAACGCGGCUUAUGCAAGGUUUGCCUUGCCCAGGGACACAUGGCUGUGGACUGCAUCAAGGGGACUUCAAAAGAUGGCGAGAGAAAACCUAAUCAUAGACUUCUACAGCGCGACUUCCAGAAUGCCAGCAAGGGAGGCAAGGCGCCCAUGUCAACACCAGCAAAGAGCUCGUUUACCGCCAAGAAACCCAAGAAGCAUGAAGAUAAAGCUCCAAAACAGGAUAGCAAAGACAACCAAGGUUCUCAGUUUGCCAGCAUGGGCGGCAAUAUCUCUCUAAGAACGGUGCCUGUCAUGCUGAAGUACAAGGAUCGCAUUAUACAUACCAAUGCAAUGCUAGACGAUGGUUCCUCUGAAAGUUACCUCCUUGAGAAUAUAGCGCACCAGUUGAAGCUCCCUGUAUUGGAAACAGCCAAGAAAGUAUCCAUUGUAUUUGGAGCCAAGGUCGAAGAGUACCAUACCAUGAGAGUUGAAGGGUUGACCAUCCAGGGUGUGGAGCAAGAAGGAAACUUCCAAAUAUCAAGCAUUUGGACCCAUCCCGUAUUAGUUGGAGAGCCAGCAGUAGUGAACUGGGAUAAAGCAGCAGAUAAUUGGAAGCACCUUACAGGUGUACCUUUUCCUGUGAAGCCAAAAGGAAAAAAGAUUGGUAUCCUGAUAGGAAACAGACAUGCCUACUUUCACCGGUCUUUGAGGGAAAUUGCGGCCAAAGAGAAAACCGGACCUAUUGCACGUCUGACCCCUCUUGGAUGGACCUGUAUUGGACCAGUGAGCAAAGAAGAAUCAGAAGAAUGGGACAGUUCUACUACUCAGUAUACUUACCACGCGACCAUGGAUGAUCCUAUCACGGAAGUGAAGACAAUGGUGAAACAACUUUGGGAGUUGGAUGCGAUUGGUCUUGGGAGAGCUGAACAUGGUCCAAAGGAGAACAACAUGACGCCAGAAGAGAGACGAGCCCAGGAAACAGUCUUGAACUCAAUGAAAAUGGUGGGAGGCCGUUAUGAAGUGGUGACACCGUGGAGAUAUGGUCAACCUAAGCUGCCACACAACUUACGAGCUGUGUCAAAACGCCAAGACAAGAUGGAAAUGGACCUACAGAAGAAAGAUCCAAAGUUUUAUGCCAAGUGUAAGGAGGUCAUAGAACAGCAAGUCAGAAAGGGUUACUUACUACCCAUAGGACCUGUAGCAGAGGCCAAAGAUGAAGGAUUCCACAUCCCAGUUUUUCCUGUGAGAGAUGACUCAAGAGCAACCACGAAAGUCCGAAUGGUCCUCGACUGUGCUGCCAAAUUUGAUGGGACAAGCUUGAAUAGCAACAUUUUACCGGGACCUAACUUGCUCAGUGAUCUGGUGGAAGUACUCCUGAGAUUUAGGCGAUACCCUGUAGCUAUUGUGGGAGAUGUCUCUGAGAUGUUUCUCCAAAUUGGCCUUGACCCUGAUAGCAGGCGAUUUUAUCGGAUAAUUUGGGAACAGCAAGUUUUAGAGUAUCAGAGGACAAUCUUCGGAGACACAUCAUCACCAUUUAAAGCCAACCUGGUUAUAAGAGAGCACAGUCGUAAACUGAAGAAUCAAUAUCCAGAGGCAGCUGACACAGUGGAGAAUGCUUUGUAUGUCGACGAUGCCAUUGAUAGCCGAUGUUCUACAGGAGAAGCAAAGAAAACCAGAUCUGAGAUGACAGAGAUGUUGGACCGAGGAGGAAUGAAGAUGAGAAAAUGGCUGUCAAAUGAUCCUGAGGUACUAGAGGACGUCCCACAAAGUGAUAAAGCCACAUUCUUGGAUAUAAAUGGAAAGGAAACUUUGCCAUGUCAGAAAGCCUUGGGUAUACUGUGGUUAGCCGAAGAAGAUGUCAUCACUGUGAAGCCACGAUUGAGGGAAGGAGAGUAUCCAGCCACGAGGAGGGGUAUGCUGAGAUGCAUAGCAGCCUUGUUUGAUCCACUGGGAUUGGUUGAUCCGUUCAGAAUUAGAGUCUGGAUCCUCUUUCAAAGGACAUGGAUCCGAAAGGAAGAUUGGGACAGCCCCCUGGAAGAAGACUUAGCCCUUGAGUGGUCGUUGUGGAAGAAAGAGUUGCCACAUUUGGAUAACAUCCGAGUGAGCAGACAUCUUGGUAUGAACACAAGUUAUCAAACUGAACUUCAUGUGUUCAGCGAUGCCUCAAAGGAUGCCUUUUCUGCUGUCGUGUAUGCCAGGACCCUGAUGACGGACGGGAGGAUACUGGUGAGACUGGUGAUUGCCAAGACGAGACUGUCGCCACUGAAAGCCAUCUCCAUUGCCAGACUGGAGCUAUGUGGGGCAGUCAUUGGUACAAGAUUGGUGAAGAAGGUUAUCAAACCAUUGGAGAGCGGUCGAGGAGCCAAGCAACUGAUGGUGACAUAUUGGACAGAUUCCAUGAACGUCCUGUUUUGGAUUUGUCGACCAGGAAAACAGUUUAAGCCCUAUGUGGCCAACCGAGUAGGAGAGAUACAGGAAAGGACCAGUACUGACCAAUGGAGACAUAUACCAACCAAACUAAACCAAGCAGACAUAUCAUCUAGAGGUAUGGCAGUGGAGGAAUUGGCUAGAUCACAACUCUGGUGGGAGGGUCCAAGUUUCCUGAAGGAGUCCGAGAGCAACUGGCCAGAGAAAAAGAUAGCUGUACCAGAUGAAACCACCGAUAUUGAGAAAACCUCAACAUUUGCAGUACAGGAAGCCCAACCAGAACAAAAUGAGACAAUGAUGUUCCCCCUACAUCCCAGUAGAUGGAGUGACAUGGGAAGACUAACAAGGAGAAUAGGAUUCGUGCGACGUAUCAUGAUGUGGCUGCUAAAGCGACCCUUACCCCCGGGAGCCAAGACCUGGAUAAAUGAGUUGUCCCCCGAAGAGUACAGGCAGGCUGAGGAUUGCCUUUCACGCCAAGCCCAGAAAGAUGUAUUUGGCAGAGAGCUCAAAGAUUUGAUGGCAGGAAAAAGCUUACAGAAGACAAGCCACCUGAUACCCCUGUCACCAUACCUUGAUAAGGCGAGGAGACUUCUUCGCAUCAAGUCCCGUCUUGAAAGAAUAGACUACAUCUCAGAAGAAGAGAAAUACCCCAUCAUCAUGCCAAGAAAGCAUCCAGCUUCUCAGUUGCUUGUCAAGAGAGCACAUGAUGCUGUGGGACACCCCGUAGGAAGAGAUGCUACCCUCGUCGAGUUGAGGAGGAAGUAUUGGGUGAUAUGCACUAGAGAAGCUGUCCGCUCCUGGGAAAUGAUAUGCAGUCGAUGUGUAUUGAAGAAAUCAAAACCAGCUAGUCAACAGAUGGCCCCCAUUCCUCAAUUUAGAUUCAGCCAACCAACCAGAGCCUUUGGAAAGUGUGGAAUGGACUUCGCGGGUCCAUUUCUAACCAAGCAGGGUCGAGGAAAAAUCAGAAAGAAAAGAUACUUGGCUGUUUUCAGUUGUCUACAGACUAGAACUGUUCAUCUAGAACCUGUUUACCAGAUGGAUACUGACAGUUUCCUAAUGGCUUUCGCCAGAAUGACCAGCCGGCGAUCCGUCCCAGAGGAGGUGUUGACAGAUAACGGAAGUAACUUUGUCGCUGGAGAGAGGGAGCUCAGAGAGUUAGUGAAUGCCAUCGAUUGGACCAAGGUGCAACAGAAGACGGUGGGCUACCAAAAUACCAGAGGCGUUACAUGGCACUUCAACCCCCCAGGAUCUCCACACUUCGGGGGCGUCUUUGAGAUUAUGGUAAAAGCAGCAAAGCGGGCCCUCAAGAUAUCCAUUGGUAAUGCUGACAUCAACGACGAGGAGUUCCAUACAUUUGUGGUGGAUGCCGAGGGACUCCUGAACUCGAGGCCAUUGACUCCUCCCAGCUCUGAUCCCGAGGACCAGUUACCACUAACGCCAAAUCACUUCCUGCAUGGUCAGCUGGGUGGACAACUGGCUCCUCCGUCGACUGAUGAACUACGAUUCAACCCUAGAAGAAGAUGGCGAAGAAUACAGGACAUACUGAAACAGUUUUGGCAGCGAUGGCAGCGAGAACUGUUACCCCAGCUGCACAACCGUAAGAAGUGGCUGUUUCCAAGGCACAAUCUCAAACCUGAUGAUAUCCUACUGGUGAUUGAGGAAAGAUUACCUAGAGGACAAUGGAAGAUGGGUCGAGUCCUGGAAGUCUACCCCGGUGAAGAUGGAUUGGUGCGAACGGCCAAGGUGAAGACGUCAAAUGGGGAAUAUGUCCGGCCCGUGAAUCGUCUCUGCCCAGUCGAGUUUCCGGAGAUGACAACUUCCGUCUGGUAA